AUGAACAACUCGACAUCUUCUUUGUCAUCUUGUUCAUCUACGUCUUGUAGUCUAAAAUCAGAAAGUUUUGAAGCUCCAGCUACGGUUUCUCCACCUGAACCAUCAAUUACUAGAGCUGCACAAGGACCUACAAGUCAAAGCCAAUCGUUCAAAGAAGCAGUGGCUCACUGCAAAUCUGUUAAACACUACAAACAUUCGGGUUUAAAACACAGCCUAGACUGUCUGUUUAACCCUGCCAACCCAACGAUUCCUCAGUCAGCAAGAUAUCCAGUGGGCAACAAUAAAGCGUUGUUCAUAGAAUGGUAUCAAGGAGAGAAGAAAGGGACGUACUUGGACGGAGCAGCUGAGUGGAAGAAGAUGAAAAAGAAAGAGAAGCAAGAUUGGUCAAAACUGUCAAAAGGUUUAAUGACCGAAUACGACAAGCAACUGAAGAAGGGUUUCAUUCAAAAUAAUUCCAUGGAUAUCUAG